CUGUAGACUAAGUAAAUGACUCUGAAAUUAUAAAACUUUUGGUAUUAGCAAGUUGGUAGAAUUUGUUUUUUUCUUAGGUCCCCUCUGCAGCCCGCUGAAAGCACACCAUGAAAUCUGCAGCCAGAACCAUUUACAGUAAAGUUGUCCUGUUUAUAGCUUUUUUGAUAAGCUGUUUUUAUUUUUUAUUAAAUAAAAAAUGAUGCCAUUGUCCUUUACAAAAUAGCUGAGGUUUUACUUGAACAAAAUCUGUUUGGAAAUGUUAAGCUGGUUACACAGAACUAAUAUGCCUCAAGGUGGUCAUUCUCUCUGGAUUAAAGCUGUGGGACAAUUGUGGCUCCUGUUACAGGGAAAAUUACAAUGGGCCAUUAUGAAAAGGGACAAAAAUCUCUGUUCCCAGAGGGGGACUGACAAGCUGAACGUCCCUCUCUACAUGCCAACACAAAAGCCUGAUUGCUUCAGAUUGUUUAUGUAAAUCAAAAGGGUGCCUUUAACUCUGCCAGGGGACUGGCAAGCAACAAAGAAGGUGGUGAUUGGCUGGAUUCUUGCUCAUGGCUCCUGACAGAUCUCACAAAUCCUCUUGCUUUUGCUCUAAGCUCUGUCUGGAUACUUGUAGGAAAAGAACCGUGUUAUUAUGUACAAAAGUGAAUAAUUUGUGCUCUUAGAGUAGGGGUUGGAACUAUAGGACUUGAAGGCAAGAGCAGGUAUCUUAUCAAGGAUCUACUCACUCAGUUUCCCUAAAACUCUCUCUCCAAAUCAGAUUCAUCUGCACAUCAUGACAGAUGUUCCAGCUACAUUUACCCAGGCUGAAUGUAAUGGGGAUAAACCACCUGAAAACGAUCAACAAACAAUCACUAAAACUAGUGAGGAAUUGACUGAUGUGGACAGCCCCCUGCCACACUACAGGGUAGAACCCUGUCUCGAAGGUGCACCCAGCAAAGGAAAUCGGGAGGAAAGAAGAAAAUUACAAGGGAACAUGUUGCUCAACUCAUCCAUGGAGGAGAAAAUUCUAAAAGAAAACUCAGAACAGAAAUUCUUUAUUGUUCAUAAGGCUAUCACAGAUCUUUCUCUCCAAGAAACAAGUGCUGAUGAAAUGACAUUCAGAGAAGGGCAUCAGUGGGAGAAGAUUCCUUUGAGUGGCAGUAACAAGGAAAUAAGAAGACAGGAGAGGAUUGCUGAGCAACCUCUUGAAGAGGAAGAAGAUGAGGAUAGGAAGAACAAAGGUCACCAGGCAGCUGAAAUUGAAUGGCUGGGAUUUCGAAAACCUAGCCAAGCUGACAUGUUACAUUCUAAACAUGAAGAGGAGCAGAAGGUUUGGGAUGAAGAAAUUAAUGAUGAUGAUGACGAUGAUAAUUGCAAUGAUGACGAAGAUGAAGUUCGAGUGAUAGAAUUUAAGAAAAAACAUGAAGAAGUUUCUCAAUUUAAAGAGGAAGGUGAUGCAAGUGAGGACUCCCCACUGAGCAGUGCCAGUUCCCAAGCCGUGACACCUGAUGAGCAGCCAAUCUUAGGGAAGAAGAGCGAUAUCUCCAGAAAUGCUUAUUCCAGAUACAAUACAAUAUCCUAUCGGAAAAUCAGAAAGGGAAAUACCAAGCAAAGAAUUGACGAGUUUGAGUCUAUGAUGCAUUUAUAAACUAACUGGAACUGAGAAAGUCUCAUGCCCACUAAAGGAAAAGCUAAUUCUAUUGUCCCAGGGUGCAUAUUUCUAUGCCUUUUUUGAGUUAUCACCUGGGGGGAGGUGAAAAUUGACUCUCUUUUUCACUGUAGAAUAAUGUGGAAAUAACUCUAGAUAAAAUUCAGUCUGAUAACCUCAAAUCAAAAAGCUUUAAAUUCAUUCUUGGGCGUUUGUCUUUUAAAACUUCACUAAUACAGUAUUGUGUGAUCAGCACUAAGCAGUCAGUCCCCUGGGGGAAUGUGGCAUAAUUUGGCUAUAAAUGUAGCAGUGCUUGGAAAGGUGGUCAUCAAAUGAGACUAUUUGAGGGGACUAUUUGAAAUGAUUCCUGUGUUUCUUUUGGCGUCUUCCUUCCUGUACAUUGGAGUGAUGGAAAGUCUGGUAUUAAAACCUUUCUUACUUUUCAACAUGGUUUUACAGACUCUGGCAAUAAGCCUUCCAAAAUUCUGCGCCUUUUCUGUUAUCACCAAACAAGAUUUUAAGUGGCUUUCCUUGGCAUCUACAGAGAGAAAAUUCUAUAGCCCUCCUUCCUAGGUGUUACCAUUCACUGAAUCUUCUCACAGAGGGAGAUGAGCAAUUGUCAGUCAGGAGAAUUCUGUUUGCUAAAUGUUGCCUUUAUGCUUUCAAACUGAAUUAAACCCAUUGUGAGGUUGACACUGGGAGGGGCUAGAAGAUUGGUGGGCAGCAGACUAAAGAGUUAUGUUGGAUAGUUUUAUUUCUGUGGCUGAAAAUAAAAUCUUGUCUAGCACAGUUAAAGUCAUUAAAAAUAAAAAUGACAGCUUUAGCACAAUUUUAAAAAAAUGCCCCUCUCUAUUACCACAUUUUCUCUUAUUAACAGUAUCUCAGAAUAAUUUUCUUUCCUUAGAAACCUGAGACAACGCUAGUCAUAACUGUACUAGUUACUAUGAAAAUGGAAAUAAUUAUCUUAGAAUAUUUUCAAAGUAGAGCGUGAGCAUGUAUUUUUAGUGAGAGAGCUCUGAUAGUUGUUGGGAAUAUAUAAUUUACUGGACCUCAGCCCAAAUCAAGAUGCUUAAAAUUGUACUUGUGGAGCUUCACUCAAACCAAUGUGUCAAAUAACGUAUUGAAUAUUUAUGAAAAGAGAGACUAUAUUUAUAUUCUUAGAUAGUUUGUUCCACAAUUUUUCAUUUCAUGCUUCCAUAUAUAUUACCCUGAACUUUCUAUCACCACAGAUAAAGAUUUUGUUUUGCCCUGCAAAUAAAAAGACAAUUCCUUAUUGUCUGAAUGUAAUACAGUCUUCAUUGUACUAUUCAACCCUUUGUUUAUUUCUUUUUCAUUUUGUGAAAAACUCUGGGUUAGUCCUCUUGGAUGACUGCUUAUUUAUGUGUAACAUAAAUCCCACAUAUUCUAAUGACAACUUCUUUAAUCCUUCUGGGUCAUAUAUUAUAUUUCCAUAGUAUCACAUACUAUUAUUUAGUUGUUUACAAGACUCAAAUUUGAAUUCAGGAUUACAGUGCUCCUUUUAUUCUUUCAAACAGAUACCAUAUAAAAGUUCUGUUACCCUCAUUCUAUACAACCUAUAGAUUUCGUGUGUUACAAUGUCAGUUUCCAGAAUAAAAGUGAGGGAAAUCAGAUCUUUAUUGAUAAAGUUAGGGAGAUUGAUGCAAUAGGACAAUUUCCAGUUUAAUUUAGAUCAUCUAAUUUUUCUGCCUGGACAACCUGUUUUCCGGGUUACUGAUAACCCCUACAAUUUUCUACUGAAUUUCAAAACCUGUUAUGUGUUAUCUAUCACAUAACAGGACCAUGUUUUUAACCUACUGUCAAGAGCCUGUAUUUUGAGUUAUUCCAACAGAAAUGAUGGAUUCCUGUAGAAGUAGAGGUGGGUGACCUAUGGUUACAUGGCACAGCAAAGCAAGUAGCUCUUAUGGGACUCUAAUAUAUGCUAAUGCUGGUCCUCUUAGCUCUGUGCUCUCACCAAUCAAUGAAUGAACUAUGAAAGAUUUAGUCAACAGAAACUAUUUUAGGGUAUGUUUAGUUGGUAAAUGCUUCAUGUUCAUGGAUGAUGCAAUGUUUUUGCAAAAAAAAACCCUGAAACUAUUCUUUGGCUUGGUGUCCAUGGCCCUAUACCGCCAUCUUACAUGAAAGCCACAGAGUUAAGUGACCUUAGGUAACAUAAUGGUGAUGGUUGGCGAUGUGAGCCUUUGUAACCUAGGAAACACAAAGGUCUGAUUCAGAUUGUGUGGGGAAUUUUUAACAUAUUUGAAACUCAGGGGGAAGAUGAUUAAUAACACAAACUGUUAGCUACACAUGAAGGUUUACUUGAGCUUUUGUGAUUCAAAGCUCAGGGGUGGUAAGGACUCUAAAACCAGGGAGGAGGGAGAAUUAAUUUAUUGUGCAAAUGCUGGUAUUUCUUACGUGACUGUUUGCCUUUGUUGCUAGAUGAACAGAAACUAAUAAUAGCUCUAUUUCUCUGCCAAUAUAAAAUCUACCUUUCAUAUAAUGCUACAUUGAAGGCACAGAAUUUGCUAGCAUCUCUCUCUCCCCCUACCUACCUAUCUAUCUACAAUUUAAAUAAAGAACUGCUGUGUAUGACUUACUCUCAAUAAAAGUUUGUCUCUAUUUCUGGUUUCUAGACUUUAUUUUCUUUAGCUGCCUUUUAAACUUUAGAAAGAAUCCUUGUAUAUCAGCAGCUACUAAGAUAAUUAACGAAUGCCUCUUCAGAAAUCAAGAGAACACUUUAUUUUAAUUCAUUUGCAUUAUUUAUUUCAAAAGGGUCUUAAAAUGAUUGUAUAUAAAAUUGUAAAAAGGAUUUCUGGUAGGUAGAUAUGUAAUAUACAUGAAAAAUUUUUAUUAUUUUUUAAGGAACUGAGAUACUAUUUAAGAUGCAUCUUAACAUGAACAACUUGAAAAAAAUCUCUGUAAUCAUCAAAGUAAUACAUUUAAACUAUGCUGACAUUUUCAUAGUAAUUGUUUCUGCAUAUUUACAUGGGAUAGUACUUUUGGCACAUUUUCAAAUGGAGAACGGACAUUUAAGUUUUUCAAUGUGAUAGGGAAAACAUUUAAAAUAAGUAAUAAUAGAAAAUUAUGGAGAAGGAUAAAGCACCAGAGUAUAAUAAAGAAAAAAUAUGUUUGACAGUAUGAGAAAGGCAACCACUUCUCUUAAAACUUGAACUUUCAUCACUCUAAAAA